UUGUAUGUUUUGUAUGCUCUUUUUCGUCGGGACUUUUAUUUUGUUACUCAUUACUUCCCUCCAUUUUUAUUCUACUUUUAUUUUGUUUUGAUGUGGACCGGAAAGGGAGCAGUGGGACCAACACGGACCGGGAGAAAAUAUGGCGUUAGGUGAUGCCUGGAAACAGUUAUCUUGGUUUUAUUACCAAUAUUUGCUCGUAACGGCUCUCUAUAUGUUGGAGCCUUGGGAGAGAACUAUCUUCAAUUCUCUCCUGGUCACAGUGGCAGCGAUGGCCAUCUACACCGGUUAUGUGUUUAUGCCUCAGCACAUAAUGGCCAUAUUACACUAUUUUGAAGUGGUCCAGUGACGUCAUCAGUCGUGACCAUUGGGGGGGCUCGCGACCUCCACCUGGUGGCCGAAAAAUGAACUGCUUUAGAACUAUUCACUAGGAUGUCUGUGAUUGACUUCAAACGAGGACGUGUGUGUGUGUGUGUGUGUGUGUGUGUGUGUGUGUGUGUUGGAGACCGCCGCUGAGGAGUGUGUGAUUAAGGCCUGGCUAAUUAUGUGUGAAGAGCACAGUGUGCAACUGCAAAAGCACAUUCUGCCCUUGCUUGAAAUACAUCAUUUUAAGACACUUUUUUUGUUUUUUUAAAUAAUGCUUUAUUUAAUUUUCAUGACAGUGGUUUAUUCAGAUGCUAAGUAUUUUUUUGAUCUAAAUGUGUAUAUUUAAUUGUAUACAUAUUUGUAAAGUUUUAUAGAGAUGUAUUUUGGCUGACCUGAAAUGAUUUGUUUGCUAUAGUGGACUGAUGAAUUAGAUAUCUAUUUUUAUCAGACACUUGUGAGUCAUGCAGUAAAUAAUUACCUGCGCUGAUGUGAUGUCAUUGUUGAUACUUCAGACCUGUUUGCUCAGAGAGAAAAAAAACCCUGCUUAAAUAAACUCUUUCUUUAAUUGUUUGACAUGACUGAGGCAUAUAAUCUGCACAUGCUCAGUAAAAUUAUCUGUUUUACUUUGUGUGAAAGUAAAACAUAUUUUGAGGUAUGAAACUUAAUUUUUUUGGAUAAUGUUUUUCUUUUUUAUUUAAAGUUUUGAUGCAUUUGACUGUAAAUUUGUAUGUAUUUCAUCAGUAGGUAAAAUUAACCUGAAUAACGUGCUAUUAUUUUGCCAUUAGUUACGAAAUACUAGUUAUGAAAUAGAAAUUAUAUCCAUGAAUUAAAAGAUUAAAUCUUGAAGUUGUUUAAUAUUUUGUUGCUACAUUAUUAUGAUCAACAUGAUCCUGUAAUAAAGAUUUAAUCCCUUUC